GUUUUAAGGAUCUCUGUCUUGACCCUUCAAUGGACAUCAAAACCCGUUUAAUAACAAAGUGUAAAAAAUUGUUGAGUUUUUCCAAGCAGCAUAACUUCAAAAUGAGGCACGUAUUGAACAAAGUAUUGUUGCAAUUGGAAGAAAGGAAGGAAAUUACCUGGGAAGAAUUCACGAAGUUGAAGUAUGUUGGACCAAAAGUUCUGUCAAAAUUUGCUGAUUUAAAUCAGAUGGCCGAUGUGAAUGGUGAUAAAGCCGGUAAUGCAGACGCGGUGGAUGGUGAAGAGACAAGAAGUGCAGUUCCGGAAGCGCUAUCGACCAGCCAUGGUGCUGGAAAGCAUGUGCGUCCGAAGAAAACAACCGAUAGUGAUGGGACAAACACAAAAGGCAAAACAAAUUGCAACCUACCAACACGUGUGAAUCGAAACAAAGAUCUUGUAAGCAAUGCUGUAAUUUACAAAGAAUACAACAAAAUAGAUGAUUUUGAAUACGUUCCAGGGUUUAAUACGGUUGCUUACAACAUUCUAAGGGUUCUGAGCAAUGGAGAUGGUUUGUGCAAAUCUCAAAUCUACCUGAACAGCGAAUUUUUAGAAGAUGAAAUAACUGGGUUGCACAUAUGGAGCGCCUUAAAGAAUCUUUUACAGAAGAGGUUGGUGCAAAAGGAAAGUAAAAAGUAUUUUUUGACCUGCAAAGGAUCUUCGCUGUGUACCAUCUUGUUCGAUAAAACAGAAAAGGCGUUGAAAAAGAGCACUGACGAGACUAUGCUGUUGAUUGACUCAAGAGAGAUGCGAAGCAAGAACGAUCGGGGCUACUUCGAGCGUAAGUUGCCGGGCUCUCGUUCUCUGAACCUUGUGAUCGGCGAUUUCAUGUGGAUAAGAGGCGAUUACGUCAUAAACACUAUUAUAGAGCGAAAAAAGUGUUCUGACUUUGUUUCGUCACUGUACGAUGGGAGAUUUACCGAACAGAAGAAUCGGUUAAAGAACACUGGGUUGAAGCACUGUGUAUAUCUGAUCGAGGGUCUGAAGAGCAGAGAUAAUUUCAUAGAUUCCGCAAUACUUAAGACCAAGCUUGAAGGUUUUACAGUGAUAGAAACGAAGGAUAUCGAAGAAACAGUGUUGUUUGUGAAGAGCAUAGACUACAAAAUUAGAAUGUAUGGAAUCAAUAACCAUGAAAAUAAUGAAUUCGCGUCAGUUUCAGACAUUACAUUUUCUAAUUUUAGUAAUAAGAGUUUAAAGACAAAGGGUUUUUCACAGAAGUAUCUUCUUUAUCUUGGAUUCCUGUCUAUAAGGGGAGUUUCGCAUGUUAAAGCAAAAUUUCUGCGCGAUUAUUUCCAAACAUUUGAGAAUCUGGUGGAGAAUUGCAGGGACAUCGAUAAACUGAGACAGAUUCUGAAUGGUAUGAGAAUUAAUGGACAACUGCUUGGAAAAAGUGCUGUAGACGGUAUUUUGCAUCUUUUCACAUAAAUUUUG